GGGCGACGGCGGCGGGGAGCUGGUGCUCACGGUGCUGCACCGCGCCCUGCUGGGCAUGGACAAGUUCCUGGGCCGCGCCACCCUGCCCCUGGGCCCCGCGCUGCAGGCCGGCCGCGCCCCGCGGGACCAGUGGUACAAGCUGCACUCCAAGGCCGGGAAGAAGGAGAAGGAGCGAGGGGAGAUCCAGGUCACGAUCCAGUUCACCCGUAACAACAUGACGGCCAGCAUGUUCGACCUGUCCAUGAAGGACAAGCCGCGGUCGCCCUUCGGCAAGCUGAAGGACAAGAUGAAGGGGAAGAAGAAAUACGACCUGGAGUCCGCCUCCGCCAUCAUCCCCAGCAGCACUGGAGCCCUCGACGUGGAGGACUAUGACUUCGGGGGCAAGAAAUCCAAAGCCAAGGGGUUUUUCUUUAAGAACAAGCUCCGCAAGUCGUCCCUCACUCAGUCCAACACAUCCCUGGGCUCUGACAGCACCAUCUCCUCCGCUAGCAGCAGCUUGGCAAACAACUUCGGCAUAACCAUUAACGCUCCUGAGGUAACCAAAUCCCCCAGCAGGCACAGCAGUCUGUCCACAGAGCGCUCUGUGAAAGACUAUCUGCCAUCUCCAAAGCUGACCCACAAGCGAGCGUUCAGCGAUGAAGUCUCCCAGGUCAGCACAGUACCCGAGUCGAAAUCCAUCCAAAGCCUGAAGCCAAAGAACGAGCCUGUCUCCAGGUCCUCUCUUUGCAUCAAUGGAAGCCACAUUUACAGCGACGAACCCACACCAAAGAGCCCCAUGUCUGUCCAGCAAAGCUCCUUGCCUCUGUCCGUGCCUCUACAAAAUGUUGCCAAAAGGCCCGAGGAGGGCUUCAGCCCCAUCCCCUUCCCCCCUGAUUCCCAAGAGCCGUCGUGGAGAGGCAGCAGCUUCGAGAAGAUGCAGCCGAAGGAAGAGCCCAGGUUCAUUCCCUCUCCUCCUAGCUUGGUAUUGCAAGAGGAGCUCAAGGUCUCAACCAAAGCCGUCACCCUCAACAACCACCUCGGCCGAGCCAGGAUGGAAGAAGCUGGGCGCGUAGAGACCAAGCCUGUGCAGAUCACCACACCGAUGGUCUUCUCUGCAGAGCCUGCAAAAGAGGAAGGCAGGAAGGAAGACAAGAAGGCAAGAGGUGGCCUCUUCCACCACAGAGGCAAGGCGGAUGCAGGGGAGAAGAGCUCGGGGGAGAAGCAGGGAACCACCCAGGCUUCUCAGGUGAUGGCUGGAGAAGAGAAGAGCAAGACCAGCUGGUUUAGCUCGAAGGACACCAAAGAGCCUUCUCAGAAACCCAGUUUCCCGCCUGGGCCGCAAGCUACCGCAGAGGUCACUGAGAGCCUUUGUUCGUCUGCGGAUUCUGGUCCCUCUGCCUCCAUAAGACCUAAAGACCCACAAAAGGAGUCUUCAGCCCAAAGCACUCGCAUCCCAGUUCCAGAAACUGCUCCCACACUGCCAGAAGAGGAUCCCACUGCUCCUCCAGCCCUCUCCGAGUGGGAUGACACCUUUGAUGCCUUUGCAACAAGUAGACUCAAGCCAGAAGUUAAGGAGGAAAGCCUUUUUGGGUCUCUAGCUAUGGAGGGCAUGGCCUACAUCGAUGACCUGGAUGGGGCAAGCCCGACAGAUCGUUGCACUGAACUUGUUCAGGAAAACCAGACUGAGAUAACUAGUAUGGCUGAACCGCAAACUGAUGAUGAAGUGGCUGUAGGCCUAGAGACCUGGGGAAAUGUCACCCUCGUAAAAGGCUCAGAGGUGGGCUUAGCAAGUGCGGGUCAGGAAGCUACGCUGACGGAAGAGGUCACGUUGAGUCGUUUGUCCCCAGACGCAUUGGUGGAGAGUGGGAAAAACAGCACCUCUCAAGUUUGGUUCUCUAGGUUUGCACUGGAAAUACCAAGGGAAGAGCACGCUUCUUCCCCACUGACGGCUCAGACUGCUGCCAGAGAGGAAUGGUACAGAGAAGACAUGCAUGGGGAAAAACCAACUGAGACGUACAAGGAGGAACCUACUAGUCCAGGGGAAGAUAAAGGGACAACUGUAGGGCAAGAGCCAUUUCAGUGGCUCUCCGAAAGCAACCGGGACUUAGCUGAAAGUGGACAAAAGGGUCAGGAGAAUGAAUGCAGACAACGUAUGGGGUCAGACAAAGGCGUCUUUCAAGAGGAGAGCAGCUCUCUGAGUGCAUCGCACAUACUGACCGGAAGUGUCGUCGAUUUGGAGAAACCUGGUGAGGUGCUUUCUGGCAACAGUGCUGCUGCCAUGCUGCCACCGGGGUGGCCUGAAGAUGCAGUGGAGCUGUCGCUGACUGCAAGGGAUCACAGCUUUAAUAGUAAAGUAGUAAUGGUGGGUGCAGUGCCGCCAGCCUGCGGGCUCCCAGCUAGCACGCAAGAGGAGGCAGAGGAAAGCAAUGUGCAGCUACGUCCUGACUCUCCUGAGACACAAGAAGGCUCCUCUCCAUGGACUGAGCCCCAGGAGAUUGAGACAGAGAGUGACAGGGCAUCUGGUUUGGAGCUGUAUGUGGGGAUGCCACCUCCUAAACCUCCAAGGCGGUUCACGCCCUUGGAUUUUAGCAAGGAAGACGACCAGGCCCAUUCGGACCUGCAGAGGAGCCAGCGAGGGGUCAGAGGUGACAGUGAAAAUGGGGAAAGCCCAGUGGGGAAAAUGCAUCAGCAAAAUACUAUUGCAAGCAGAGAGAACAUGGCCCUGGCAGCACCCAGCCCCCCUGCGCUGAGACCAGCAGUAAUUGAAGCCAAAGCCGGGAGCAUCCCUUUAAUGGCUGAGGAUGCUAAAUCUGCCACUGAGGACCAGGCUGUUAAUUUGGAGGCGAAAAAUAAUGAGUUGACGAAGUGGGACGCCUCUUCUGGGGAAAGCCUGUUAGAGAUAAAUGAGGAGACGACGGGCGAGCAGUUCGAGACUUGCCCUUUGAAACUCUCCCUAGGCGAAUUAGGUGCCAAAGACGACUCGGACAAAUUGGGAGCCGCAAAUCCCGACUUCCCUGCCCGUCUAAUUGGGGCUGCCCCGUCACAACAGAUCACCCAGCUACGCUCCACUGGGCAGGCGGACGGCACUGGGGGGGGCUCGUCAGAAGCGGCACCAGCAGUCCCAGAACUGAAAGAAAUCCCCCCUGCAAAGCCACACGCUCCAGGGGACCCUGACGUCUGCCAGCCUGUGCUGUUUUGGACGGCUCUGGAGGAGCAGCCCUUGGCCAGCCACAGCCAGGCUGACCAGCCAGAAAGGUUAGGUCUCAGCAAGUCUCCACCUGAGCUAGCAUCUAAAUCGGCACAGGGAGAUAGUGAGGAGCCUUCAGGGCAUCAGGAAGGCCCAGGCCAAAGCCAAAAGAAUAAAGCAGAAGCCCAGGUAUCCCAAAGUGUGGAAGGGUUGGCAGGCUCUCUGUGGGAGCCGGAGCAGGGUAGCUGUUCAGCUAGGGAGGCCAAGCCAUUGCUGGGUCAGUGGCCUGCCCGCUCAGUAGCUCCAGUGAUUGACUUCAAAAAGGCUGACUUCUGGAAGCAAGAGGCAGCAGACGAAAGCAGUAGGCAGGAUGACACCUGUACUUUGGGCAAUCCCUUCACUCCCCUAGCCAGCCCUCCUGCCCCAACCAACCCCUUUGUGGGAAAGCCACCCAGCACCCUCCCAGCUCCAACCACGUCCCCUGAAAUGCCUGGCCAGGGAGCUCUCCACUUCAUAGACCUUCAUGAGGAGGCUGCUCCUCCGGGCUUCCAGCCUGCUAACUUCCCCGGGGACCGGCUAGUCGAGCAUCCUUUCCUGCAUGGCGAGCAACCCUUGGCCUUCUCCACACCUUUCCUUGUGGCUGCAACUAACUCUGAACAGUUUGAUUUCCCUUCCCCGAUCGUGCGCGCUACAACUGGUGGGGUCCCCGCAGUGACCAGCCAGGCAGCAGCCCAGCCCUACCCCUUGCCGCAGCCCGGUGGCCCGAAAGCCUCAACGCUCGUGGUUUUGCCCAAGGAGACACAGCCAGCUGAGAAGGCCUUUUUCCAGCCGACAACCAGUCCUCAUCCAGUGAAGCCCAUAAGUGCUGCGGUGUCAGAGGUCUCCAGUGAGAAAAAGCAGCACAAGUCCAGCUUGACCUCUGCCCUGAGCAGUGGCCUGGAGAAGCUGAAGACCGUGACAACGGGCAGUAUCCAACCAGUGGCCCCAUCCACGCAACUAGAGAAGGCGGAGCACAAGAAAUUAAAGGAUCCUGCUUUGCCAGACCAGUCUGCCAAGUAUUAUCACCUGACCCACGAUGAACUCAUCCAGCUGCUGCUGCAGAGGGAGAAGGAGCUGAGCAAGAAGGAGGAGCACAUCCAGGAGCUGGAAAACUACAUUGACCGGCUGCUGGUGCGCAUUAUGGAACAGUCUCCCACCCUCCUUCAGAUCCCCCUAGAGGAAACCAAGACCAGCAAGUAGCCCCGCUCCUCGGAGAUCUCGUCAGCAUCACUUGCCUACAGCACUCCUGGAAUAAACAUGCUACCCCCCCCCCCGACCCUUGCACUUACACCUCCUUUUGCAGGUAAAACACGAGAGAACUGUGGUGGCCUUGGCAAGUUUACAAGAAAUUGAGGUUUACAAGGAAUUGAGCGGGAAAGAUGAUCUGCAUCUCCAGAGAAAUGCGCUCCACCUCUUCCUGUCAGGCACAGAACCCAGUAUUAUAAUACAGUCAGCAAUAUCCUCCCAAAAAAAUAGGCUUCUCCCCAGGGGCCAAGCAACAGAAUGGAGAGGCACCAUUUUGGGCAGAGUACCAGAGCCUUACGUCACCCAUGGGACUGAGAGUCUGGGUGGUGGAAAUGUGCCACCUUGCCCUUGUUUUUCAGGCUGCUCCCUCUUCAGCCCUAAACACCUCCAUCCUGUCUAAAACAGCGUGUAGUUGCUUAUGGAAAGCACUGUGAGCUGUUCCUCCUGCAGCCUCUGAGAAACCUUACCCAUGACACUUAAGAGCUCAAUGAGGAUCUACCCUGUCUUGUUGCUCUUUCAACUGAGCAAGUGAAGUAAGGGACAGCUGUUUUCAGCUCUCUUAUAUUAUCUGAUGGUUCCCUAAAGCAAAGGGUUUCCUUGCCAUAUAAGACAUUCCUGCAAGCCCUGAGUACCCAGACAGAUGGCUGCUGGGGUCAGGAAACAACUCACAAUGGUGAAACUGGAUAAGCCUGAAGGACAACGCAUGCAUUAGGUGGCAUGUCAUGUACUGCGCUUAGAUCUGCACUGUGUCCGGCCAGGCUUUCUGCUGUGAUGUGACUGUCUUCAUUACUCAGCUUGACACACAACUUCACCCUGUAUCCUACAGUCCCGGUGAAGAGACAUGGUGAAUUUUGUGCAGCCCCUGAAACUUCCUUUAUGCAAAUCUCCCCAACCCAUUUCCAGUGGAGGUGGCACCAAUACAUGCUAUGGACACUUGUUUCCAUAGAUCGCUGCUGUGUCCUUUUCCAUGCAGUAUUAUCAUAUCAGAUUUCUCUUUCUAGUAUGUACAGGGAGUGCUUUGAAACCACCAUAGCCAGCUGUCUGCCCCUUUGACACAAUCUGCUUACUUCUUUGUGUUUUGUGUCUCUUUUUGUUUUUAAUGAGAUGGAAAAAUGCCGUAAGAAACAAAAAUUUGUAUGCAAAUGAAUAGAUGACUGCCAACCCACCUCUGUGCUUGACAUCCUAGUUGAUCAGAUGCCUGAUCGACACCUUCAAUUGAUCUUUGUAGUAGGCUAUCAGUUCAUUAGUACACGCCAGCCAUUGUCAGCAGUACAACUGCAGCUUGAUCACAUCUAUAUAAGUAUCUGGCCUCCAACACCCUUGGCCAGUCCCUAGAUGUUUCUCUGAACCAACUCUCUGGGGUUGAACACUUUCAGCACUACUUGUUCAGGAGGCGGUUGUUCUCUUAACAAGUUCCUGAUCUGCUUGGGUUAAUAGAUUGUGAGUGAUUUGUCCACCUGCAGCAGAAAAGUGUGCAGCAGUUGACUCUGGUGUGCGGUAGUGGUGGGGACGUGGGGAGAAAUUAGUGCCAUAUCUUCUGUUCUUUGGUUUUUAUCUCUGUAGGCUUCGUUUUCUCACUCUGUUAAGGCACUGGGUGAAUGGUUUUCCCACCUGUCUUAUCCCAACAAGAAGCUAACAGAAGAGCUUAACACCUGGGACUUCCCCUGCCUUGACAAGCCCAAGAUGCAUUGUUCCUACCUGUCCCUGGAGCGUGUGGCUUUUCCUUCUAAAGUCUUCCUUUCCUUUUACUGUGACCUGCCUCUGUUCACACAUGGAUUUUACAAGUUGUGCCUUUUGCAACAGAACGAAGCAGUUUCCUCACUAAAAAGAUUCUUUAAACUUAGCUUUCAGUCUAUGCCUCACCCAACUUGGCAAAGUUUUCCUUGCCGGCUAGGGCGUGGCUUCCUAAAAGUCUUUGUGCUUAAAGCCAAAAACAAGACCUGUCCUAGUAAAAGAGUGGGCGAGUUGCUGUUGGUUGGAACACUUUGCAUUAGUCUGAUGUAAAUGAUGUUGAGAUGAAUCUAUGAAUAAUAACAGAGAAGAGUGUACGCCAAGAUGGACUGUGUCUGGUAGACCUUCUGGAGGGAUACAUCAGUAGAAGUUCAGUGGACCUGCUGGUAAAAUAAUGAAGAGUUUGGUGUCCCGAUCUAGCCCGUGUUGUAUAAGAAGGAGGCUCUGCUGGAAAUACUGGCUGUGAGUUCUUACUUGCCUUUGAUUGUAAUAGCAAACUGAUCCAAUCUGAGGUUUUGCACUUACCUGCCUACACUGCUAUAUUUGUGCAUCUCGGGGAACAAGGGGCUAUGUUUAUAUUGUAAGAUUUAGGACUUUAAGAGAGGAAUUCCACUUUUUUUUUACAUUUCUGUAUAUGAGUUUGAGUACCAACAAUUCCUCUUUGCAUGUACAAUCAAAAAAUUCCUCCAGGGAGAGUUGUGAUCUCCGUCUGAUUGCAUGCCUCUUGGAAAAGGACUUUCUGUUAUCUGAAUAGUGCGUGCCAGGGAGAAGUUGCUUCCAAUACAAAGUAAAUAAGUAAAACUCUGUGUACAAAUAAAAUGGGUAAGCAAGAAGAGGUAGAAAGGAGGGGCUGAUCAAAGUCAGAUGUACUGGACUGCAGAGACCUGUGUCAAAUGGGGACUAUAAAGGAGGGAAGUCUAGUAUUUUAUAUCUCUGAGCAUGAAUGUGUCUACGUUGGGUCUUAACCAACAUGUGCAUAAAAGAUACUUUCUGCUUUCUAUCUGUCCCUUCUUGCUUAGGACCAGAACUGCUCCUGGAUGGGAGAAGCCAUCUGUUUGCUAUUCUUCUCGCAUACACUGCAGAAUACAAGAGACCAAAUAAGACUGGGCCUAAACUUCCCUCCUGUUUGGCUUGGUCCCUCCACGGCCUCUUGGCUAUUCCUGUAGGAUUGUGUGUGUGUGUGUUCUCCUCCUGAGGACUCCCACACUGUAGGUGCUUUCCACACACCGCACAUAUGCUUGUGCAUCCGCACACACACAAAGUGCCAGUGUUUUUAAACUUAAGCUUCUCUCCUCCUCUUCCACGAUAGUUAAAUCACAUCUCUAAAUCGCUGCCUGCCUUAGUCAGUUCUCUGCCUUUUUUUCCCUGAAGCUUGAAUGUUUUGCACAUUCAUAUAUUCAUGUCCUUUCAAAGCAGAGCUGCAUUGCAUAGGACUGCACAGGGCUAUGCCAUGUUUAAUAGUGUGAGUUUUUUCUCUGACCUUGUCUUCCCUCUCUGUGCAUGGUCUAACUCUACCCAAAGACUGUACUCCGUGAGAAACUCUCCAUUCAUGCUGGCCAUGCCUUAAGAGGAUAAAGUAGACGGCAUGAAAACGAUGAUGCCCAAGGAAACAUUCAGGAUUUGGCAGACAGAGCUGGUUGGGCAACCCAACGUCUGAACUGAAAGUUGGUUCAUGAGAGGGGGAAGAAGGAAUAAGGACAGCAAUUGUGGCUGCAGGGGGGGUGCUGCUGCCCUUCCCUGUGCGGACGUUGGUUUCACGGACUAUUGGAGCAUUCAAAAGUCAGAGGUGAGGGAAAGACCCUCCUUGCAGAUAAUUCCUUUUCAAUUGGCCUGUUUACUUGUGUUACAGUCAGCUUGUCGUUUUGUCCUCCAUUGCUCCACUCCACUGCCCCACAAAUCUUCCCCGUGUGAUUCUCCCCUGGAUAAUAGAGCCAGGAAUGUUAAACAUGCCGUAAGUAUCCGGAGACAGAUGUUUAAGACCAGCCUGAUGAUUGAAUUAACCUCACUGGUACUAGGAACAAAAAUUAUUGGAUGAACCGAUGAGAAGAUAGAAGUGUCAGUAUUUAAAAAAGGAAGGUGGGGAGGGAAGGGAGAAGAGUAAACAAAUGUAUUUGUCCUUAAAACUACUGACGCUCUUGUCCUGAAUCCAUAUUGAGAGAUUAUUCUGUGGAAACAUGGCAUUGAAAGGAUAUCACCAUGCUAAUGCUGAAGCCUAAACCAGGAGUCCUCUAGGUGAUGGCUGGUCCCUGCAGAAAGGAUGAUUUGAGUGCAUAUGUAUCACCUAUUACCAACAGCAGUGGUUUUGUUUGUUUGGUUUUCAAUAAAUCUAUUCCCAUAAGUUAUUUUUCUCUGUCUGAUAUAAUCUGGCCCUUCCGUACACAAAUGCUUCACACGUUUCUCCACAGACGUGCAGCUGGCCACAUCUGUGCGGAGUUUUGUCGUCAGCACACCAAGUCAAUAGGUUUUAUUUUUAUAUAUAUUUUUAAAGGAACUCUGCCAAGCAAUUUGAUUUUUCUUUAUUCGCUCUUCUGGCCUCAGGGGUUACAGGGUGUGUAUAUGUGUGUGGUAGGGGGGGCUGCCACGAGAGAUGCCAAGUGAAGUCCUUAAACUGGAAUGAACAUGAAGGGCCGCGGCUAUCGAACAAUGCCACAUGAGCCCAGUAGAGUUGAUCUUGUCUGUAAAGGAGCAGUAUGUUCUGCGUUACAAAUGUUCACCUGAAAACAAGGUUAGUGUGUUCAAAUGCAGGGAGUUGUUGGAUUCCCUGUACUUUGUGUAUAUGGGAAGCGGGUCCUGCAUAUGUUUCUUUGUUUUAAUAGUUGCAGCUAAUGUUUAUAAAAGAGCUUGUUAUUUACAUUUUAAGCACUUUAAAGAAAUAAAAAUUGUUCAAGCUGUU